AUGUCUGCCGACGAUCCUUCUUCAUUCGUGGACGCCGAACCCAAACCGACGCCCAAGAGACCGCAUUGGAGGGAGAAACUGUUCUCACGGGAAAAGCCCAAGAAUACUGCCGACCAACAGGUCGAGGCGUUCUUAGCCCCUGUACGCUCGAAAUCCGUGUCUCACGGUGGGCACGCUGUCUCCACGACCGAAAGAGAGAUCCCCGCUCCUCCUCGCCUAGAUGUAUCUCAGCGGUGGCCGUCCGCACAUGAAACUCAGACUGUAUCACCCGUUUCUAGUACAUCACCUCCAACAGACUCUAAGCUCUCAGCUGCUUCAACAUUACCACCGUUAAAGAUUCGGAAAAACAAGGGAUUGAGAGUCAAAUUUGCUGAUGGCGCUCCCGUGUGCAUUGGUGAAGGCGGGGACGAAUCGGAGGAGCCCACCAUUGAAAUCUCAUUGAACCGGAGCCGUAGCCAUAGCCAGAGUUCUAAUCAACCGAAUGACGUCGGCCAACCUCAGGCUGGAGGCCCCCAACUUCGCCUAGACACUUCUUUCAGAGACAGAGAUGGUCUGAGACCGCGCGAAGGUGGAAGCCCAGCUGGUCGGGCCCCGCUACUCAUCAAAAAUACGCAGGAUGCUGAUUUCCUCAUGGCCUUGAACCUCGGCGAAAGUGGUUCUCGCUUGUCUUUCAGGGCAUCGCCGGGAGCCGAUUCACUCGCUCAGCGUGUUCGAGCAAAAAUGGAGCUCGAAGAAGGUCGUGCUUUGCAACAAAAAUACGAAGAUCCCACCUCGCCAAAUGAGAGAACUCCGGACAGCCCUAGCUCAUUAUAUGAGACACCUCCGAAUACUGAACCGGAGCCUGCGUCGCCGCCAAGUCCGCUUCGCACUCCCCCGAGUCCAGAGAAGACACGCUCCAUGAACCCUACCGAUUUCACGUCCUCAGCUAGUUUAGCGCCUGGCGGGGGUAUGAAAAGCCUAUCGCCGCCAAAGCCGGAAUUGGUACGCAACGCCGCUAGUGAAGAACUUCGUCCGUCCAGUCGGGAGAGUCGUACCAAGUCCGCGAGUCCGCAACCACCGAAAUAUUCGCUACGGUCCGUCGCGAAUCAAUUUGGAGAGGUGGCUUAUGUUGAGUUUAAAGAGUAUGCGGGGCGGUAUCAGGAUGUGAUUAAACUUUCAGCUGAAAGCGUCAAGCCUUUGAUGGAAACGUCACUUACCGAAUGGGUGAGGGCUGCGGUCUGGUGGUUUAUGCGAGGAAAGAAGAGAUUAGAGGCAUAUGCGCGUUCGCGCUCACGACCGGAUUCUCGCCCGUCUCCCGAGAUGGCGCAGCAGGCUGUGAUUGAUCUCGCCAAGGCACUGUGGAUUAACGAGGCUAUCGUCCCUCAGCACCAAGAAGUGGCUCGCUAUGGCGCAAUGGGCGUCGAUGCAUUGAUUGCUGUGGCCAAUACCACAGGUGAUAAGCAACUGUCAGACCUGCUGGGGGUGCAUCAAUCUGUGUUGAGUCACCUGCGAUCUCUGGCAGUAUCAAUUAAACGAAACAACAUCUUGUCCGCCAUACCUCCGGAGACCGAAUCCGACACAAGCGUAUGGGUUAGAUAUCCGUUCUUCGCGCCGGAUGUGUCAGCAGUUCUUUCUGGGGCGACCUCGCGAUCCAUGUUGCUGGACAAUAGUGGAAAGGGCCCAACCUUCGUGCAAAUGAUGCCUUUAGGUGAUAGCAGCCGCCACUUUAGUUACGGGAGUAUGUUUGUGGAAGUAUCUGUGAGCUCCAGUGAGGAUGAUAGUCAGCAGUUCUCUAUGCCUUGCGCCUUGUCUAUUAUCCGUGACCGCGCAGACUGGUAUGUCCUCGCUGCCAUUACCAGCCAGAGCGAUUUGGUCAAUGUGAUGAUUCAGCCCGACAAGAAGAAGGGACCGACAUGGGAUGACGUUAACUGGCAAGUUCGGACACACUCAAUGACGGUCAAACUCCCACGCGGAUUUGAGUUGGAUGUCAUGUUCAAGGAAGAUGAUUUCAAGAUGCUCUGGAACAUUGUCAAUUACACACUAAAAACCGAGGCUAGCCUGCAGCCAGAAGCGGGUGAAUCAGUGAUAUUUGAGUGUACGCUGAAGCUGUUCCAGUAUAUGGAUCCUGGGACACCGAAGGCAUUUCCAGCUGAAUCUAUCGAGCGGUGUCGUGUCAGGUUAUUUGAGCGUUCGGUAACCGUGACCGAGGGGACGGGCACACGACGUGCUCACCGUGGUUUCCGUAUUACGGUAUUGACCACGCCUAAGGUAAAGACCUUAAGCAGCGUGCGUCAUAUCUUGGGUCACGGUGCGCCGAUACUGUUUGGGCUUCUUCGCGGUGAGGAUGGCGCGCCGGCACUUGUUCUCAAAGUGAAUGAAGAUGGCCGCAGUCGGUCGAUGUUGAUGACAUUCCAGGAAACUCGCGAGCGCACUAACCUUCAUUCGUUGCUUCUGGCCAUGUUACCCAAGCAGAGAGAACUUAAGGUAGCAGACGUCCCUCUGCGUGCCUAUACCAUCGAACAGCCGGCCGACCGGUUCAAUGGCCAACCAGCGAAGCAACACCUGCAAUUUCCCGCAGGAACCGUUUGUGUUAUCGACCAGGAACAUGACUAUGUUGAGCAUGGCUACGGCCCAACUGUGUUGUCCGAGCAUCUGCGGGCCUUUAUUGCUUCAGAGUGGGGGUCCGUUACAGAUCGGUUCAACCUUGGUCCUGGUGAACUGAAAAUCAGCCUGGACAUAAACAAUCGGACCGGUCUCAGUUUGUACAGGCCAGCUCAGCAGGACUUGACCGUAUCGGCUGCUGAAAACCUCAUUCCGCCCGAUAUGCAAGACAAGUUGGCUGAUUUCCUUCAAAUUGCCAUGGCCAAGCCAAUGAUCCGAAAGUUCGAUUUCAUGACGGUCAAGGGAUUGCAUGAAUUCGAGAAGGCUGUUACGGGCUUCACGGUCCUCUUUGAUAGUGUUGCAUCUUCGUUCAUGAUUUCUCGACGCCGAAUGGUGGUUCCCAUCACCAAGAAGUGGGAGUCGAGCAUGGCUCGAAUUCAGAUUGUUCGUCAGGACAAGGUCGUGCAGCUACUAGCAUUCCUCAACGACUUUAGUCAUGGCAAAUGCUUGAACUUCGUCCUGAAGAGCACCGACACUUUCGAAGCUUUCAACCGCUCCGGAAAAUACGGAGUCCGCAUUGUUGACGCCAAGUUCGCGUUGCCAAAGACCGAUGAUGACCCCUCUUCUGCUUUUCUCAAUCUCGACAUGCCGGAGUAUCCUAGCGAACACGACGAUAUUACCAUUGCUUUUGAUACGGAGGCUGAUCGAUUCAACUUCCAAUCAGCAGCGCCUGCUUCCGUCCGCGAGCCCUCACGAAUGGCGUCCCUGCGGCGGUAG